AUGGACGACGACAUUGUUCUCAACUUUGCGACAGAGGACGUCGUGAAGUCGAAAGCAGGCCAAGGACAGAAAGGCGGGCGGUGGACGGACCGGCUGAAAGCUAAACGAGUAGCCAAACGCAAGACGCGCCCCGAGCCGUCUCGUUCUUCUGCACCACACGAGGGCGCUGCUCACGCGGCUGAAGCCCGUCCCGCAAAACGGCCACGGAAGGAGCCCAGCGCCGCACAUGAAGAGCACGACCAGGAGCGUGCCGCCGCUGCAACCGCUGCUCGUCCUGGUCAAAUCAUAUCCUCACUGUUCACGUCGAACCCGAAGAUCGAACAACAUGCCCCGCGUUCUUCCUCCAGCGCCUUCGCAAAGCCGAGCAAUGCGCCCAUAGACUCCUCUUCCUUCACCGGGCUUGGGCUCGACCCGCUCAUCGUCGCACAUUUGGCCGGCAAAAUGAGCAUCGAGGCGCCGACAUCUAUCCAGCGGAGUGUUCUACCCGCGCUCCUGCCCACUUUGGAAGACCCGGCAGCGCGGGACGUCUUCAUCCAAUCGCAAACGGGUUCCGGAAAGACCCUGUCCUUCCUGCUACCUAUCCUCCAGGACCUCCUACCACUUAGCAAGCUGUCGUAUAUCGACCGCUCGAUAGGCACGCUCGCGAUUAUCAUUGCGCCUACGCGCGAGUUGGCGAAACAAAUAUCCGACGUACUGGAAGCGCUGCUCCAGCUCCGACUCCGGGCCCACGACGAAAACGCGGAGGACGCUGCGCCUCGCCUAACUCGCUGGCUCGUCUCGGGACUUCUCACCGGUGGCGAGAACCGGACACACGAAAAGGCACGUCUGCGGAAGGGCGUGCCCAUUCUCGUCUCUACCCCUGGGCGACUGCUGGACCACCUGCAGAACACUUCUUCGUUCAACGUGGGCAAGUGCCGGUGGCUGGUUCUUGAUGAAGCCGACAGACUCAUGGAGCUAGGCUUUGAGGAGACCAUCCAGGGUAUCUUGAGAGGGCUUGACGGGCGUCAGAAACUAGCGGUGCAGGCCGUAGAAGAAGGGAAGAGCAUGGAGGCCGGCGGGUGGGACUGGAGUCGGACAAGACGCACGAUCCUCUGUUCGGCGACUAUGCGCGAGGACGUCCAGAAGCUUGCCGGCACGACGCUCACCAACCCUAUAGUAAUCAAAGCGCUGUCGGAUGCGUCGGAGACGGACUUGCAGACUAUCGUCCCCGGGAGCCAGAAGUUCACGCCGCCUUCGCAGCUCUCGCAGAAAUACGUGGUCGUGCCGCUCAAGCUUCGCCUGGUUACGCUCAUCGCGCUCGUGCGCUCGUUGCUUGCGCAGUCCCAGAACAAGAAGGGGACGAAAAUCAUCGUGUUUUUGAGUUGUACGGACUCGGUAGACUUCCACUGGAAUCUGCUCGGUGGGACGUCCAUGGGAGACGAUGCCGACGAAUCAGGUUCGUCGGAAGAAGAGAAAGAGGCCGAGGCCGAAGAAGCGGAGGAGGUCGCGUCGGACGCAGAGGGUUCGCAAUCCUCACCUAAGCAGCCCAAUAGAAAGAAACUGGUAAAACAGCGGGUAGAAGUCAAGUCUGAUCUUCUCCCCGACACCUCCAUCUAUCGCCUACACGGUUCGUUACCCCUGCCUACCCGUCUGGCAUCCCUGAAGGGUUUUUCGGCCAACCCCGCUUCGUCGAAGACGCCCAUCGCACCCAACUCCAUCCUGCUCUGUACAUCCGUUGCCUCCCGUGGUCUCGACCUUCCGCUUGUUCGUGCCGUCAUCCAGUACGACCUGCCGACGGAGGCCGGUGCUACUGAGUACGUACAUCGAGUUGGACGUACGGCGCGUGCUGGUAAGGGCGGUGAGGCGUGGAGCUUUGUCUCGCCGAGCGAGACGGAGUGGGUGAAAUGGGUACAGGAUCAAAUGCAGGGCGACGAGAAGGGAGGAGAGGGGAACGUCACGUUGGACGGAGUCUCGAUGGACACCGUACUACGGAAGGGCUUUGGUGGCAAAGGCAGCGAGUACGAGUCGCGUGCGACAGAAGUGCAGCUGUCGUUCGAACGAUGGGUGCUACGAAACAAACCAAACGCGGACGUCGCGAGGAAAGCGUUCCAGUCACACAUGCGUGCAUACGCGACCCACCCGUCGGACGAGAAGCACAUUUUCCACAUCCGCCAUCUCCACCUCGGUCAUUUGGCGAAGGCGUUUGCUCUACGGGAAGCCCCUACCGCGUUCAACAAGAGCGCGAAGGCACCCAAGGCGAAGCCGUGGCAGAAGCAGAAGGACGCCGCCCACAGCGCGUCCGCUGAUGCCAAGCCGUACCGGAACAAACGGCGCAUUGCGGAGGGCAGCGACGACGAGCAGGAUGUCGCAGCGGCGGAGAAGCGCAUGGAGCAGGUUGUGCGCGCGCAGGGUCGGUUGACGAAGAAGGGGGGCAAGAUGGUCAGCUCUGGGACGUCCGAGUUCCAGAUCGCGGGAGGGUACGACUUGGAGAAGCUAGUCAAUCGGACAUAG